UAUUUAUUCAGGAGCUCGUACCUGUCUCACAGACACAGGCAUAGUGAAAAGUAGAGAGGAUGAAGCGAUUCUUUCAACCAGUGCAGAAGGAUGGCACUUCGAAGAAGCCUUCUCUUUCGUUUUCAGGGGGCGAUGGUGAAAGUACAGAAACAUCUGGGGAGGAGAAGAAAGAGCCAUUAAAGUUCUUGACUUGGAAUGCUAAUAGCCUUUUGCUUCGUGUGAAGAACAAUUGGCCCGAAUUCACCAAGUUAGUCACGAGUUUUGACCCUGAUGUCAUUGCAAUACAGGAAGUGAGGAUGCCUGCUGCUGGUUCAAAGAGUGCUCCAAAAAAUCCAGGAGAGUUGAAAGAUGAUACAAGCUCCUCCAGGGAAGAAAAGCAGAUAUUGAUGCGUGCACUUUCUAGUCCGCCUUUUGGAAACUAUCGUGCAUGGUGGUCUCUUGCAGACUCCAAGUAUGCAGGGACAGCACUCUUCAUAAAAAAGUGCUUCAAGCCAAAAAGUGUCUUUUUCAAUCUUGAUAGAAAAGAAUCAUACUCUUGUGUGUGUUGGUUAGCUUCAAAGCAUGAACCAGAUGGCCGAGUAAUCUUGGCUGAAUUUGAGACACUUCGGAUAUUGAAUACAUAUGCACCAAACAAUGGAUGGAAAGAGGAGGAGAACUCUUUUCAAAGGAGAAGAAAAUGGGACAAAAGGCUUCUGGAAUUUGUUACACAGUAUUCUGAUAAGCCUUUAAUAUGGUGUGGCGAUCUCAAUGUCAGUCAUGAAGAGAUUGAUGUGAGUCAUCCAGAAUUUUUUAGCGCAGCAAAACAAAAUGGCUAUGUUCCACCAAAUAAAGAGGAUUGUGGGCAGCCUGGAUUUACCUUGUCUGAAAGAAAGCGAUUUGCUACUAUCUUACGAGAGGGGAAACUGGUGGAUGCCUAUAGAUUUCUGCACAAAGAGAAGGACAUGGAGCAGGGUUUCUCAUGGUCUGGAAAUCCAGUUGGAAAGUAUCGUGGGAAAAGGAUGAGAAUAGAUUAUUUCGUAGUUUCAGAGAAAUUAACAGACAGGAUUGUUGCAUGUGAAAUGCGUGGACGGGGGAUAGAGUUAGACGGUUUCAUUGGAAGUGAUCACUGCCCUGUUACCCUAGAGCUCUCCCCGAGCCCUAGCUCCCCAAAUGUGGAUCCAACUUAAACAAAUGAAAAAAUCUGUCCUUUUUUUUUUCCUCCUUUUUUUUUGUUGAGCCGUACUUUUCCUUUUUCUAAAUCUCUAGUGUCUGGACUCUGACUAUUUUGUUAAUAUGAAAUGCCAUUCUUCAUUAUA